AUUCAUGCGAGUUUUUCAUUCCGACGCGUCAACUUAAAACGACACAUGCUCUCGCCAGCGGGGCGAUCGUCAGUAAAUGCGGCUAAAUAAAUCCACACAGUUCGACGAGUGUCUGUGCGAAGGAUAAUGCGAGUAUGAGUUCUUCAGAUCGAUCGUAAAUCGAACAAAAACAAAUCCUAAUUGGCACAAAAUCAAUUAGUUUGCGGCAGUGAACAUGCAAAAGACUUACAUUUGACCGAAAAAACUAAUCGAGAAUUUCCCUAGCGAAAGACAAACUUUGGAUUAGCCGUGCAGCCUCUGAGAAUUUUCGAAACACUUGAAUUAUGGGCUUGGAAAAACAUUACCUGCGAUAUGGACGCACCGCUAGAGAUCACCUCCUUGACUGGGCCACCUGUGGGCGUGGUCGACGACAGCAACAUCAACAACAGCAACAUCAGCAACUGCAACAGCAAACACAGCCUCCCCAGCAGCAGCAGCAGCAGCAACAUGCACCGCCAUUACAGGGAUCAACUGCCACAGGGCGGAGGUCACGCCCCCAUGUGACACACAGGGGAACGCCGCUCUCCAUGCUGAUAUCAAAUGGAGUUAGGAUUAGCAAUAAUAGACUAGCUGUGAUAAUUAUUGGAAUAAUUACUUUAACCUUAGGCAUAAUUUUAUCAUCCAUGCCCUGGCUGGAUUAUUUUAUACUAAAGAACUUAAGGCUGUGGAAUGAUACGCUGAGCUAUCAUUAUUGGCAAAGGCCUGGAGUCAUCCGACUGACCAAGCUCUACAUCUACAAUGUGACCAAUCCAGAUGGCUUCCUGCGAGGGGAGAAGCCCCACCUCCAAGAAGUCGGUCCUUUUGUCUACAGGGAAGACAUGCAGAAGGUGAAUGUGAAGUUUCACGAGAAUAACUACACCGUGUCAUAUCAGCAUAAGAAGAUACUGCAAUUUGUUCCUGAACUGAGUAUUGAUAAGGACACGCCCAUAGUCACGCCCAACAUUCCGUUGCUGACCCUCACCAGUCUCAGCCCGAAACUGGGAUAUCUCCUGUCCAAGACCAUAUCCGUGGUGGUCACGGCUGCAGGGUUCAAACCCUUUAUCAAUGUCACUGCCGAGCAGUUGGCCUUUGGCUAUGACGAUGCCUUAGUCAGUCUGGCCCAUAGGUUUUAUCCGAAGCACAUGAGACCGAUGGAGAGGAUGGGUCUGCUUCUGGGUCGCAAUGGCACCCUCACGGAGGUGUCCUCCGUCAAGACGGGCAUGGAUAGCAUGGAUCAGUUUGGAUACAUAGACCAGCUGAAUGGCAUGGAUCAUCUGCCACACUGGAGUGAACCGCCCUGCACAAGCAUAGCGGGAUCGGAGGGAUCCUUCUUCCCACCUCGAGAACUUACGAAAGCGGAGACUGUUCAUAUCUACGACAAGGACCUCUGCAGGAUUAUCCCACUGAAGUAUUCAGAGAGCGUUGUCAAGGAUGGCAUAGCAGCAGAUCUUUUUAGGUUGCCCAAUAAUUCCUACGGAGACUCCGCUCACAAUCCCGAGAACAAGUGCUACGAUACCAGCGAGUAUGAGCCAAUACAGGGUCUCCAGAAUAUCAGCCCCUGCCAAUAUGGCGCCCCUGUUUACAUUUCUAAUCCGCACUUCUUCGAGUCACACCCUGAUCUUCUCAAUUCUGUUGAAGGGCUAAAGCCAGAACGAGAGAGGCACGAAACGUACUUCAAAAUACAACCGAAACUUGGAGUACCUCUGGAGGGUAAAGUGCGGAUACAGCUGAAUCUAAAGGUGACGCGUGCCAAGGACGUCUAUCCAGUGCGUGAUUUUCGAGACUUUGUCUUUCCGGUCAUGUGGCUGGAAGAGGGCAUCUCUGAGCUGACACCUGCCAUCAAACGUUGGAUUUAUUUGGGCACAGUUAUAGCUCCGAGUGCCGUGCCCAUAGGAUCCUACCUGAUGAUCCUAGGCGGAGCCUUUGCCAUCAUAUUCAGCUUUGUAAGAGCCUAUCAGAACUUUGUGUUCGCCCAGGAUCCCACACUGGAGAUCCUCGAGAUGGGCAGGAGGUCCUUGAGGAGGGGCAGCAGUUUUAUAGCCCAUCAGCAGCACAGAUUACUCAUUCAUCAUAGGGACAGCUACUCCUUGCUGCGACAUGGACCUAUUGCCACCUGUUUGGGGGAGGGCAAUCAGGAGGAAGACUCGCAGCCCAUCAUCGACGAAAGCCUCAGCGCGGGAAUCAGUCAGGAGUCAUAGUAGCUUAGAUGCAGAUAUAGAGUUAGCUAGAUCCUUAAGGUGUGAAUGAGUCUGAGUCUGCGAGAGUGUGUGUGUUUGAGUUUAAUUUAAUUUUAGUUUCGUUCUGGCCAAAAUCGUGGCAUAUACUUGACGUUCUUGCCACUGCAUAAACAUUAUCAUUACUCAGUUUCCACAUCGAAGCAAUCAAUCAUUUUCCAUCUUGCUGCUACCAACGCCAAACGGGUUUGCUAGUAACUUGUAUCUUGUAGAUAGACGUAUGAAUUUGUAUACAUUUUUGUCAAUGGAAUGCUACAAAUAGUUCACUAGUCAAUGAUUACAAUGUGAAAAAUGCAAGCACUCAUUUCUAGUUUCGAUAGCCUUAACUCUAAGUUAGUCGUAGACAUUAACUAUAUUCUAUGUAUUUGUUAAAUAAUGUUUAGGCUGAGGAUGUACGAAAUUAUGUAAUAUAAAUGAGAAGUUGCAAGUCUUUUAA